AUUAUCAAAAUUGCUUCACAGCUGGUGGGCCCUUUUCUCUGAGGAGGUCCAGUUCUUUGUGAACCCCCUGCAUGGGAUGGCAAGGGGUUUUGUGGCCCGGACAAUUACAGUGGUUUCUCUUACUGUAACAUUUUCUGCUGUUACUGCUCAGUCUUCUUACUGUCGCUGUCCCCACCCAUUAUUCCAGUCAGCCAGGAAUAAAGCCAAGUGCUCACCUUCAGUAUUUUGGACCCACAGUAACGCUGCUAGGAUGUCUUGUUAUAAAGGCCCCAAAGAAAAUUUGCACAACAAAGCUAGGACCACCCCCUAUCCAGGGUCAAAGGUCGAGCGCAGUGAAGUGCCCAAUGAUAAGGUGGACUGGUCGACUGAAUGGGAGGAGUACAGCCCUGUUGAAUACACCGCAUGCUCCGUUUUGGCAGGACCUCAAUGGGCAGAUCCAGAGAUUGGGGACAAACAUUUUUCUCCAAAAUUCAACGAGAAGGACGGGCAAGUGGAGAGGAAGAGCCUGAGUGGCGUAUAUAAGGUUGAAAAUGGAAGGCCCAGGAAUCCAGUGGGCAGAACAGGAAUAGCAGGUCGAGGCCUUCUGGGGCGCUGGGGGCCAAACCAUGCUGCAGAUCCUCUGAUAACUAGAUGGAAGAGAGACAGCAGCGGCAAUAAAAUGGCUCACCCAGUUUCUGGCAAAAACAUCUUGCAGUUCAUCGCCAUCAAAAGGAAGGAUUGUGGAGAAUGGGCCAUCCCAGGGGGAAUGGUAGACCCAGGGGAGAAAUUAUCUGCCACACUGAAGCGAGAGUUCGCCGAGGAGGCUUUGAACUCUUUGCAGAAAUCCGGUGCUGAGAAAGAAGAGCUGGAGAAGCAGCUAAACAGGCUUUUUCGUCAAGGUCAUUUUGUGGUAUAUAAGGGGUACGUGGAUGAUCCCCGUAAUACAGACAAUGCUUGGAUGGAAACAGAAGCCGUGAACUACCACGAUGAAUCUGGGGAAACCAUGGAUAAUUUGCACCUGGAAGCUGGGGACGAUGCUGGGAAAGUGAAAUGGGUCGACAUUGGUGAAAAGCUGAAGCUGUACGCCAGCCAUGCUGACUUUGUCAGGAUGGUAGCAGAGAAAAAGGAAGCUCACUGGAGUGAAGACCCUAAUCCUGGGAGCAACAGAGGGGCUGAGAUCAAAGACUGA